CGACUCGGGGCUGGACCAGGAAGGGCAAAAUGGCGGUGAGUGGUAGGAGUCGAAAUCAAGGCAAGAAUUUUGGAAACAUGUUUAGCCGUCUUCAGGAAGUUCUAGCCCCUCCAAAAUUAGUUGUAGUGGAUAAACGAACAAUCGAGAAAUCAUGGAAAAUGAUGGACAAAGUUGUGAAACUGUGUCAGCAUUCGAGGAUGAAUUUAAGGAACAGCCCUCCAUUCAUCCUGGAUAUUCUGCCCGACACCUAUCAGCAUUUGCGUUUGAUCUGCUCAAAGCAUGACGACAAACUACAAACGCUCAACGAGUGUGAAUAUUUUAGAAUAUUCAUUGAAAAUUUAAUGAGCAAAUGCAAAAACACUAUCAAGCUAUUUCGCGAAGGAAGAGACAAAAUCUUCGAUGAGAAUUCUCACUUCCGACGCAACCUGACAAAGCUGUCACUGGUGUUUUCGCACAUGCUUGCGGAGUUAAAGGCGAUCUACCCUCCUCCUUCUGGAACCUAUGCAGGGGAGACGUUUAGGAUUACUAAAAGUGAUGCUGCAGACUGGUGGAGACGGUCAUUCGGUGACAAGCUGAGCUGCAAGGGAGGGGGCCGGAAGAUGAAUUCAUUAAACACUGGAAUCAUUGUGUCCUGGAAAGAUUUUCGCAGCACACUAAAUGAGACUCACUCCAUCAGCACCUCCUUGGAGGCCAUGGCGCUCAAGUCCACCAUCGACCUUACGUGUAACGACUACAUAUCAGUGUUUGAGUUUGAUGUCUUCACAAGAUUGUUUCAGCCUUGGAAUAAUUUGCUGCGCAACUGGAACGUUUUGGCCGUCACGCAUCCUGGCUACGUGGCGUUCCUCACGUAUGACGAGGUGAAGGCUAGACUAAAGAAUUACAUCAACAAACCAGGGAGCUACGUGUUUCGGCUCAGCUGCACAAGGCUGGGACAGUGGGCCAUUGGCUAUGUGACGUCAGACAAGCAGAUUCUUCAGACCAUCCCUCAGAACAAGUCUCUGUGUCAGGCGCUGCUGGACGGGCAGAGGGAGGGCUUCUUCCUGUACCCUGACGGUCGCCACAUCAACCCGGACCUGAGUUUCCUGGUUCAGGACAGCCAGGAGGACCACAUCAAGGUGACGCAGGAACAGUACGAGCUGUACUGCGAGAUGGGCUCCACCUUCCAACUCUGCAAGAUCUGUGCCGAGAACGACAAGGACAUCCGCAUCGAGCCAUGCGGCCACCUCCUCUGUACCCCUUGUCUCACACAGUGGCAGGAUUCUGAUGGGCAAAGUUGUCCUUUCUGUCGUACUGAGAUCAAGGGCACCGAGCAGGUGAUAGUGGACGCCUUCCACCCGUCGGGGAGCCUCAAGGUGGAGCCCAGACACAACCACACCAUGGACAUAGAGGAUGAUGAUGACGGUGGGACGACUACAUUACAUGCCCUGUCGGUCAGCCCCCGAGACAGAAAUACAAGAGAUCGCAGCUCCCCGUUUGAUUCUCCGCACACGUCAAAAAGAGACGUGCCGCCUCCGGUUCCUCCUCGUACUAUGUCGCCUGCUCACUCCCCAACCACAUCGCCAAAACCUCCGAGACGUCAGCUUCCACCCACCCCGCCAGCAGACGACGAAGACACGCCCCGCCUCCAGCGGCCGACAGUACCCCAGAGGACGGUCAUCAACGUGACGCCCGCAGAGAAGGACCAAGGAGUGUCCUAUGCGGAGCUAAGGUACGACAUCCCCGGCCACACUGUGAAGACCGUUGACACGGAGCCGGACUCGCACUACGACAAACCCCUGCCUGGCGUGCACCCCCUCAUCAACACCUCCCCCACGUCGGAGGGCAUCUCCAAACACCCGCCGUCACCUGAGGGAGGAACUAUUUUCUCCGUGACAGGAAACGCUCCCCCCCAGUUACAUCGACUUCCAAGUGAAUAUGCCUGCCCACCUGCCCAUAUGCCCAGGGCCAAACAGCCAGCUCCUGUUCAGUCACAUGGAGAUGUGAAUGAUAUUCCCCUGCCCGCUCGGCGCGAGGGACUGCGAGAGAACCAGGACCUGAACAAGGAGAACAAUGGAACGAUUGUGGGCAGUUUAAACGAGGAGCACGUCACCAUACUCGUAGACCGGGGCUACGAUCGCCUCAAAGCAGUGGAGGCCUUGAGAGUGUCGCACAACAACCUCAAAAUGGCCGAGGACAUUCUGGAUACGUUUGUUAAAAACAAUCGAUGAAAAAUAGUAGGGAGUGUGAUGAUUCUACCAACCACCAGGGGGCACUGUCGCCACGUUUGAUACGCCUGGACUGAUUGUAUUGAGAAGAGACGUGGGCAGAGUGCCAUGUGACUGGAGACUGUUCUGCUGUAAACGUGUCGUAAUCAAAUAAUUUAUACUCACUCUACAAUCAAAGUGAGGCUGCCUCGGUCUGGUCCUACCCCUCGCAGGUUCCUGGGGUCGUGUGGCGGAGAGUCACUUAUGCUUUUAGUACGUUAGUAUUUAUGUCCGUAUAUCCCAUGAGGCUGUGACUCUAUUCAUUUCAGCCGCACCAAGAGAGGAGUCUUUUCUACUUUGUUUCUGUCACUGUAACAUUGGGACACGCCCACAAGUUACGUUUUUGUCACUGUAACAUUGGGACGCACCCGCAAGUUCCGUUUUUGUCACUGUAACAUUGGGACACGCCCACAAGUUACAUGUUUCCGUCACUGUAACAUUGGGACACGCCCACAAGUUACAUGUUUCUGUCACUGUAACAUUGGGACACGCCCAGAAGUUACAUGUUUCUGUCACUGUAACAUUGGGACACGCCCACAAGUUACAUGUUUCUGUCACUGUAACAUUGGGACACGCCCACAAAUUGCCUAUUUCUGUCGCUGUAAUGUUGGGACAAGUAUGCCAUUCUUCAAGAGCUGGUUUUUCUCUUUGAAUUGCAUAUCCACACGCCAGAUGCACCUUUUGAUAGCAUGCCCUGGCCUCUUGUACAAAACAUGUUGUUCGUCAAGCUGACACUCUGUUUACCAUUUAGCCUGGUCAACAUACUUGUAGGUGGGCAUCUAAAUAAUACCUUUCAUGAUAGAUGUGUUCAUGAAGAUUUACUAAACUGUUCAUGAUAUGGGUACGAAGAAAAUCCUGACAAUUAACUUGACAGGUGAAUAUCUUGAUUAUUCAUGAAGAACAGCUUCACAGGUGAAUAUCUCAGUGUCAAUAUUGAUAAAUAAGGUAACUAUUACUGUAGGCGAACUUCUAGAUAAUCUUUCAUUAAGAAUGUGUUCAUUAUAACUGGUUAUGCCUCUAUUAAGAAUCUUGCUAUUCCAUUGGUUAUUCCGUACCACGUGACAAAAAAAUACGUUUCAAUGUUGACCCCCAAAUCAUGUGACUGACACUGACCUCAAACAUUGACUUAUCACAUGAUCAGUAUUGACUUGUCACAUGAUCAGUAUUGACUUGUCACAUGAUCAGUAUUGACUUGUCACAUGAUCAGUAUU